AUGAACAAGGACGUUGAGCAGGCCUUGUUCGAUCGCGUCGCCCAGAAGCCCGACAUGUCCGUCGAUGACAUGCUUUGGUGGCUAUACGACACAUACAAGCUCGUUGUCGGCACCCGCACCAUUCGCAGAGCCUUUGAGCGCCGCAACACUUCGCACAAGAAGUUCCGCUCCAAUGCCCGCAAGCACUUUGGCAUCGACAUGGGCGUCGACAUGGACAUGGAUACCGACGUCGACAUACAUGUCGACACUUCACACCAUGAUGACCAUGAAUCCAUGCAGAAUCUUGUCCAGGACCCAACACCUGCUCCUGCUCCUCAAGCCCAUAUGGUCGUGUCGCAGCCAGACACCACCUACCAGAGCCCGUAUGCUCCCCUCAUGACCAUGGCUGAUGCUACCGACGACAGUGGCCAGCCGCCUCCGCCAGACAUCAGUCCUGAGUUGGCCCGCGCUCUGGGAGGGUUGACUGACUCUACCGCUAUGCAUCAAGAUCUCAUGGCUGAUCACAUGGACCCUCUGUCCGAAGAUGAGGAAACUUUGCAGUUGCAGCUUCAACAAAUUGUGCUGCAGAAGAAAGAACUCGAACUCAAGAUCAAGAUGCGUCGUCUGCGCCAACGCCGUGAAUCGCAUACACCGAAUGAUGAUUCUCUGUUUGACCACCUUGACGUAGACACCACUUCGGCUCCGCACAUGCAUCCAGACUCGACUGCGAACGAUCCAUUUGCUCCACAAUCCGACACUCCAGGCACCAAUUCGUCGACGACUCCCAAGCCUCGGGAUUCUCGCAGCAAGAGCAAGGUCCAAGAGGCCCGCAAACGUACUGAAGAACGCCAAGAGCGCAUGCUCAAGGAUCUAGAACGCCGCAGUCGUCGUCGCGAACAUUUGACUGCCGAGUGGGUACAGAGCCGGGACGUAUGGGCAAAGGGCCCUGAGAAACUCCUGGUGCAGCUCAUGCAUAAACAUUCGACCUAUGCAUACAACCAAAACUCGCUUGAAACUUUCGAGGCCAUAUUUGCAGAGCUGUAUCACCUGGUUGAUCACACCGAAUGGUAUGCUCCGGUGCAUGACGAUCUUUUGCGUGAGCGUACACGUCGCAAGAUGAGUCAACUCCGCAGUAAGAUGGUCAAGAGUGGAGAGAUUGUCAGUCGUGGUGAGGGUUAUGGCGGGUGGACCAAGCCUGACGACCAUGACCAUGAUGCUCUGGCUGGUGCAUCUGAUCUCACCGGUACGGGACCUGAUGACACAAGCCUCGACAUGUCACAACAUCACCAGAUCGGCGGUUUGUCAAUGGACCUUCACACUCACGAUACGAAUCACGACACGCUUAUGGCUCGCGACGCCAUGAUGCAGCAUGACCACUCAAUGCUCGAGCACUUACAAGACAACACGACAGACUUGCAUCACACAGAUUUCGAUCACGAUCAUUUGGCGCGUCAUCAGAAUGAGCUGUUAGCACAGCGUGGCAUCGCGCAUCAAGAGCAUUUGUCGAAUCAGCGCGCCAUUGAGGAAACCAUGGCCGCUGGACUAGCUUCAGUUUGA